CUGUCCCUUUUCCUCCGCGUCCAUUUCCAUCACGCUCCACUCGCCUCGCUGCAGCAACCUCCUUCGCUCGAGAGAGAGAGAGAGAGAGAGAGAGAGAGGCACAGAUUUUUGGGUUCGUUUUUGAAGUCCUCGAUCCAGCCGGCGGAGGGGCGCCGGCGGGGAGCGGAGGCCGCCGCCGCUCGAUCCGGGUUUUGAAGUGGACGAGGAACUGCUUUUAUGGUGGGAAGUUGUAGUCUAGGAAGUGAUUGAUAUUUGAGCAAUUAGUCCGUUGUCAGGGUUGUAACUUGUAAGCAACAUGGAGGGGGCGGUUGCUAGCAAUGUGGAGCUUGAUUCUGCAGUCUUCCAAGUAUCCUCAGCCCAGAACAGAUACGAGGCAAUUGCUUGCAGUAAAGGGAAUACAGAAUUGAUUGCAUCUGGUCCUUUUGAUCAAUUAGUCCUGCACUUGGAAGAUGCUAGGAAGUUCCAAUCGUGUUCAACAGCUGGCACUUUUAAGCUGUCGUUGUCUGGGAAUGCAAAAGGAUCUUCCUGGUUCACAAAAUCCACCAUAGCACGGUUCCUGAAUACCAUAAAUUCACCAGAUGCCUCAAAAUCUGCAAAUGGAAUUUUACAUGAAAUCUCACAACUGGAGGAAACUAGAAAGUUUCAUCAAUCUCUCUAUUCUAAGGAACAACGAAAUCCUAUGGGUGGUGCUUUAUCCGGUACAUUGAAAGAAAUAUUUGGAGGUGUCUUUGGUACCAUUGGCGUAGAACAACAGGGAAAUGUUGGCCCAAACUCAUCUGAAGCAACAAAGAAUGAAUUGCUUCGAGCUCUGGAUUUGAGGUUGACUGUACUGAAAGAGGAGAUCUUUGCGUUGUUGAAUAGAGCAGUCGUUUCCAAUAUGUCAACUAGAGAUGUAUCUGAUUUAUCCUCAUUUGUUCAGCACUUCGGUGCAUCAGAGUUCAGCUGGUUGAUGCGGUGCCUACUGUUGAUCCCAGACUGCCAACCCUCUGAGGUCUCCCAACAGCAGUCUUUCCCUGCCGAGAAAGAUGACAAGGGAGAAAAUGCACUUCAUACUCGUAAUAUCAGCUCUCAUACCAUUAUCCAGAGGCCUAUUACCAACAAUGUUUCCCCAGCAAAGCUUGCUCAAAUUGAGCGUGAAAGCUCAACUGAAAGUGAUGAUUCUUCUGAGUCCAGUGCUGAAGAUGAGGCUGUCGUUGAAAGAAGCCGGCCACUCAUGAGGUCUGCUUCACCUAGGAGAUCUGCUUCUCCAAUGCGAAGGGUUCAAAUUGGUAGAUCAGGAUCUCGUAGGUCAACAGCGAUUGCCAUCAAGAGUCUCAGCUAUUUCCCCCCUAGUCAAAGAAUUCCUUUGGAUAAAGAUGAUGAAAGUGGCAGUUGCAAUGGUGAAACUGACCAGCCUUCAAGGAAAUCUGACAAUAAUGUAAGAAGGAUGAGUGUGCAGGAUGCAAUAAAUCUCUUCGAAAGCAAGCAGAAGGAUCAGAAUCCGGAUUCGCAAAAUAAGAAAGCUGGCUUGUUUGCUACAAAGUCAGUACUAAGAAGGUGGAGUGCAGGAAUGGGUGAUUCCUUGAACAAUAAUUCAGAAGAAAAAACCAUAGAUUCCACAUCCCAAAGUAAAUCCAACAAUACAGGAUCCGAUUCAGAGAAGGAUGGAGCUGAAACACAGGCUGAGCCAGGUUCAGCUUCAGCUUCUAACACUGUUGUUACGCCUUCUGUUGAAGGUUUUCACACUAAUAUGCAAGGUGUUGCAAUGCCAGAAACAGAGACAGCGGUUUCAUCCCAUACUGAAAUUUCUGCUGAGCAGACAAAGUCAGGGCAAGAGGAAAACAGUGAUCGGGCAAUGGCCUCUGCUGAGUGGAACCGCCAGAAGGAAGCUGAGCUUAAUCAGAUGUUAAUGAAAAUGAUGCAAGUCAUGCCUGGAAAGUUUUCGAGUGCUAAUGUCACCACUACUGGCAUCACUUCCACAAAUGAGAAGAAAGGUGGACUGCAAGGUCAGCAUAAAGAGAAGCGAGACUCGAAAGUUCGAACCGAUAAAGGUGGAAGGCGGCCAGCAAAGGAGGCAAGCACUAGGCCCUUGAAGGAAACAGUUGGGCAGAAGAAGGCAGCAAUUACCCCCAAAACUGGCACUGCAGCUGAGAAACGCAAUUCUCCAGUUCCACAAAGGGCACGGAGAAAUUCAUCACCUCCGGUCCUACCAAAAGAAUUGACCCCAAAAGCGCCUGCCAGAAAGAGCUCACCCAAACCAUCACCUGCACCUGUGACCCGCAGUUCAUGGUCAGGUGGAUCUUUGACUAAAGCAACUACUGCACAGAAAACUAAAAGCUCUCCUGGGACAGUUUCAGCACCGACAGCAACUAGUCGGAGAAGGACUCCAGUAGCACCCUCAUCUUCUCAACCAACUUCAAAGGUGGAAAGAAGUGCUCAACCGGUGAAGAACAAAAAGGAAACAGUUGCUGCUUCAAAGCCAGCAAUUAAGGGAAUUGAAGAAAAGAAGACUAAAACAGCAACAAAGACAAGCAGGCUAGCUAAAAGUACACCUAUUUCAGAUGAAAAAUCAAGUGCAGCAACUAGGCCAAACUUGUAUAACAAGGUUGCAAAGAAGAGCAGUGUUGUACCGCUAGAAUCAAAACCAUCAAAGAAAGCUACUGGGAUUAGUCAAAGUGCUGGUACUGAUGCUGUGAAGAGUAAGAUGCCACAACUUGAUGACUCUUCCAAUGACAUUGGAAAUAUUACCCAAGCUGAAGAUAAGGAGCACUCUGCUGUGACAACCCAGCCAAAAACUACUAAGGUAUUGGAGGCUGAUCUUGCUCAACCAGCACAUGAUGUUGAUGAAAAUUUAGAAAUUUCGCUCGAUAAUGACUUAAAUAUUGAAAAAACAGAAAAUUCGGCCCCAAGUUUAGCUACAACAGAAAUGGACUCCAGUGAACAGGUUGAACCUCACACUGAGGUUCAACCACCUCCUGAAGAGGACAUGGGCAUCUCAUCAGCUGCCUGGGUAGAGGUAGAGCAUGAAGAAGUUACUGAUGUGGGUGAAAAUGUAGUGCCUGAGGAUGUCACCUCACCAUCAAUUGAGCCCUUGCCAUCUUCAAGCCCUAGAAUCCGUCACUCAUUGUCACAAAUGCUGCAAGCAGAUAGCAAUGAGCCGGAAAUUAUUGAGUGGGGAAAUGCUGAAAACCCACCUGCAAUAGUUUUUCAUAAAGAUUCUCCAAAGGGAUUAAAGAGGCUUCUAAAGUUUGCGCGUAAAAAUAAAGGAGACAGCAACAGUAAUGGUUGGGCGAGCCCAUCUGUUGUUUCUGAAGGAGAAGAUGAACUUGAAGAACCACGAGGUGGUAAUGAAGGUGUAAAUUCGAGCAGGAGAACAUUUGAUGGCCCCAAGACUAACAGCAUCUUAUCAGCUCAAUCAACCACCGGCAGCUUCAACUCAACGAAUUCAGACAGGUUACGGGAUAGGCCUGGAGCUGCCCCAUCAACUAAAUCGUCAAGGUCGUUCUUCUCCCUAUCAAACUUCCGGAGCAGCAGAUCAAACGAGUCGAAGCUCAGAUAGCAUGCCAUGUUCUCCAGGAGAUACAUGGAUAAUUGGAUAGUCGAUCCCUUCCAGUUUGGAGGUCAACUGAUGUAAAAAAAAAGAGAUGGUUUGAGAUUGAUUGAUUGUUCGGACGGAGCCAGCUUGUUGUGUUUGGUUCUGGGUUUUCUGCAAUUUGAUAUAGUCUCUGCGUCUAAUGUCAUACUCAACCUCUCACCUUUCUUGUACAUCUUUUCACUUUUUAACAGUUGCUGGAACUGCAAGCUUAUUUGGAUCCGGUCGAUGUUAGGGAAACUGGUGCUAAUGUAAAGUGCAUAGCGUGAGCCUGAGGUGCUCACAGCCGAUUGCGAUGCCCGAACUUGA